AUUUUUGUCUUACAGAUCAAACAAUCAACUUUUCUCAGUCAGAUGAAGGGCAUGCUGUGCCCACACCUGCCCUAGGUCCUCAAGGUGUAUGGAUUAAUCCUGUAUGGGAAGUUCCACCGCGUAAUAAGAAGAUGCCUCCUUUGGAGGCUUUCCGAUUGACUAAAGAAUUGGUUCAACAACGGGUGAAAGAUAAUAUUGUAAUUGUGACCUUUGGUAACUAUGCAUUCAAGGAUUUUAUUCUGACCUGGGUUAAACAUUUGACAGAUCUUGGACUUUCUAAUUUUCUUGUUGGUGCAAUGGACACCAAAUUGUUGCAGGCAUUAUAUUGGAAAGGGGUACCUGUUUUUGACAUGGGCAGCCGUAUGAGCACAGAAGAUGUUGGUUGGGGCUCUCCGACGUUUCACAAAAUGGGGAGAGAAAAAGUUUUUCUGAUAAACUCAAUGCUGCCUUUUGGUUUUGAACUGCUGAUGUGUGACACUGACAUGGUUUGGCUGAAGAACCCACUUCCAUAUAUUGCUCGUUAUCCAGAUGCAGAUGUUCUAACUUCAAGCGAUCAAGUCAUACCAACAGUUAUUGAUGAUAGUCUGGAAAUUUGGCAAGAAGUUAAUGCUGCCUACAACAUAGGAAUAUUUCAUUGGAGGCCUACUGAUUCUGCAAAAAAAUUGGCGAAGGAAUGGAAAGAAAUGCUUCUAGCUGAUGACAACAUAUGGGAUCAGAAUGGUUUUAAUGACAUUGUACACAGACAGUUAGGACCGUCUGUUGAUGAGGCCAGUGGACUAUUUUAUGCUUUUGAUGGAAAUCUGAAGCUGGGAAUUUUUCCUGCUAGUAUUUUUUGUAGUGGGCAUACAUAUUUUGUGCAGGCUAUGCAUCAGCAACUCAGAUUAGAGCCAUAUGCCGUGCACACAACAUUUCAAUAUGGAGGCACUGAAGGAAAGCGCCACCGGCUUCGAGAAGCAAAGCUUUUCUAUGACCCACCAGAGUACUAUAAUCCACCUGGGGGUUUCUUGUUGUUUAAGCCAUCUAUUCCUAGGAGCUUAUUACUAAGUGGGAAGCAUGCCAUUGAUUCACAUUUUUCUCUGGUUAAUUAUCAAAUGAAACAGAUAAGGACGGCACUUGCUAUUGCUUCUCUUCUGAGAAGAACUCUGGUCAUGCCUCCGCUAUGGUGCAGGUUAGAUAGGCUAUGGUUUCCACAUCCUGGUGUUCUGGAGGGAACUAUGACUAGGCAACCCUUUCUUUGCCCUUUGGAUCAUGUAUUUGAGGUGAAUGCCAUGUUGAGAGAACUCCCAGAGGAAGAGUUUGGCCCAGGAAUAAAUAUCAGAGAGUACUCAAUACUAGAUAAUCCCUCUCUGCCCGAAGAGGUAAAGAAGUCAUGGCUUGAUGUCCAUCUCUGUCAAGAAGAAACACAUGAUUGUAAUGCAUCAAAUGAUUCUGCUGUUGAGGGGGUACUCAGAAUUCCAAGGCAUAGCGAUGAGGAAACGUUCAUCAAGGUAUUCUCGUCAUUCAAGGCUGUCAAAGUCAUCCAGUUCUCCUCAAUGCAAAAUGCUUUCACUGGUUUUGCCGACAAGGAAAGGGAAGAUAGAUUCAGAAGACGUGUAAAGCGAUAUGUGGGCAUAUGGUGCUGUGUGCGUGAUCACAUUCCUGGUCACAUAUAUUAUGAUAUGUACUGGGAUGAGAAACCUGAAUGGAAACCAAUCCCGCCUCCAACUUCUGAGGAUGAUCAUCCACCUUGGUGAGUUCUGACAUGUUGGUCGAUAUUUUUUUAAAACAUCCCAAUGGAUGGAUACCGCGAGCGAUAUAUGAAGAUGGCUUAGUUUAUUUCUUUUUUGAUUUUCUUACUUAACUGGCUGUCAAGAUAGUGCUUAAAUAAGUGAAAGAUAUGGA